GGCAUGAUUACGCCUUAUGAUUGGAAGUCGAUAUUCAGAUGAACCGCCCAUAUAGCAGGUUCAGUUGCGUUUUUUUAGCUUCUACUGCCGUUCUUUGCCUUUCUGACCAACCUCUCAAAUCGGAUCAAUUUGUGGAGCAAAUUUGGACCUCCGUAGCUUGUAACGUUACUGUGGGGAGUAACCUCUCGCUGCUCCCAUUCUUCAACUCAACAGUCCUUUGAUUGUCACAUUCCCCCGGAUUUCCAAUCUAUCAGUCCCCCCAAAAAUAUAUAAACUAUGGAUAGAGCGGAUCUUAUCCAAAAGGCCAAGCUGGCGGAGCAGGCUGAGCGCUACGAGGACAUGGCAGAGUGCAUGAAGGAGGUUACAAGGAAGGGAGGCGAGCUGUCAAACGAGGAGCGGAACCUGCUGUCCGUCGCCUACAAAAACGUGGUUGGGGCGAGGCGCUCCGCAUGGAGGGUGGUAACCAGCAUCGCAGCCAAGUCCGAUACGACCGAGAAGAAGCAGCAGCUGGUCAAGGAGUAUCGGGAGAAGGUGGAAAAGGAGCUGCAAGAUAUCUGCGAUAACGUUCUGAAUCUGCUUGACGAGUUUUUAAUUGCCAACUCCACAAAUCCCGAGAGCAAAGUCUUCUAUCUAAAGAUGAAGGGGGACUACUAUAGAUACCUUGCUGAAGUUGCGGGUGAAGAAGCCAAAACAAAGACCAUUGAAAACUCCCAGGAGGCGUACCAGAAAGCGUUUGACAUCAGCACGGAGAGCAUGGACCCCACACAUCCCAUCCGCUUGGGCUUGGCACUUAACUUCUCUGUCUUCUACUAUGAGAUCCUCAACUCCCCGGACCAAGCCUGUCUGUUGGCUAAAAAGGCAUUCGAUGAUGCCAUUGCAGAGCUGGACCAGCUAAAUGAGGAGUCCUACAAAGACAGCACUCUUAUCAUGCAGCUCCUCAGAGACAACCUGACAUUAUGGACAUCAGACACUGCUGGAGAGGACGGCGAUGGUGGAGAGCAAGUAGAGAGUGGCGGCGGCGGCGAGAAUGAGAACUAAAAAAACAACAACAAAAAAACACAAGCCCUUGGUGUUGGGGUCAUCUCCAAAAAGAAAAAAAACCCUUUUUACACAUCUUUCAUUCCUUAUUGCUCCACUCAAACAUUCUACCAAUUAAACCCAUUGCUGAAAAGAGUCAUGUAAGGAAAUAAUUUAAAAAAAUAAAUAAAUGAAUCUUUUCACAAUGUAGAUUUGGACAAGUGGUGAAAAGAGAAACCCUCCAUUCCUUUUGGUUUAUGUUUGUCCUGGCCUUCCCAUUUGGCAGUUUCAGCUGUAGAAAAGUGAUUGAUAGCUUGACAUGUUAACAGACUCCUAGCUCAGUUUAGAGGCAAAAAAAUCCCAUAGUUGAACAACUGGAAGCUUAAGUCUCAUCAGUUUGGAUUUAUUUUUUCCAAUAAGAAAUGUUAAAUAUAAAAAAUAGUUUCCCUUAUACCUUUUUUUUAAGUGUCUGUCUCUACAGAGUUAUGUGGUACGGUUACAGCAGCUGAAGUCCAACUUCAAACAGAUUCAAUGUUCAUACUACAGGGAAAGCUAGUGCACUUUACAUGCUGGCAACAAAUACUACAAUACAGCCAAGUAGUGCCAAUUGGUUAAAUCCUCACUUUCUGCCCUGGUUAUGAUGCCACUAUUUCACUGACGCAUGCCUGUUCUUUUGGGGGGGGAGGGGGUGCUUGUCUGACCAAACGCAGGGACCUUUUAAUGGGAAGAAGACAAUUCUGUCAUGCAUGUCUCUUGAGAUAUUACACUGGAAUGGGAACAAAUGCUGUAACACACACAAGUCCAAGUGUCAAGUUUAGUAAUUUUCAAUGCAGGUUUGUACACAUCCUACAACUGGGUGAUAUGUUAGUCUGUCCAGUGAUUGUCAUUAGAGAUUCGGACCACUAUUGUUUUGCUAUUCAUUCAAUUGUAGUCCCCAAAAGCCUUGUGGAACUGUUUGAAUCCCUAUGUAUCAGCUAUGUUAACAUGAAUAAAACAUUUUAUAAACCAA